GGGAUGCUCCGGGGACGGCUCUCCCGGCGCCGCGGUGAUGGGCACCUGGGGACGCGGGCGUAGGGGCUGAGCAGAGCCGGGAAGAAUAACGUUUCCUCCCGGCGCAAAGAGGCACCGGCGCUGGAGGGAAGGCCGCUUGCCGAAGGGCACCUCAGGAGGGCAGUCAGAGAUCCCAGCCCCGCCGGGUUCCUCUCCCCGCUCGCAAGGCUGCCCGUCGCGGUACGGCAGCGGCUUCGCAGCGGUCAGCACCGUCCCAAAGCCCCCGCAGCCCCCGCGCUCAGGGGAGACAGCCCCGCAAGCCGUCCCCACUCGGGAUGCGCCGCGAGGGCCCGAUCGCUGGCCUGCUGGUCCCUUCCAGCCUAAACACCGCUGGCCGCCCGUCCGCUGCCUCUCUGAGCUCCCGUGGCUCCGUUUCCCACCAGCCGUUUCCGAGGGAGGCUGCCGCUCAGCUGCAGACCACGCAGGACCACCAGAUGCCUUUGUACCUUCAAGGCAGCCGGGAUCAGGGGCUGCGGGCGGCACAGCCCACCCCUUGGCCUCUUCCCAUCGCUUGCUUUUCUCCGGGGGCGAGGCAGGGUCCCCAAGAGCUGGUGGCACGGCGCAGGGUGACGUCUGCCGCUGGCGGGAGGCGGCGUGCGGCUGGGAUGCUGCAGUGGGCACCCACGCUGCUGGGAACAAGUGCCGGUCGCUCGGGCAUCUCUGCCACGCCGGACCAUAGAGCCGUAGCGAUGGCAGCUCCCAGCGCUCAUCUGGGCGUUAAAGACGCACUAGAGUGAAGGCAGGGGUCGGGCCGCCGGCCCUUCUGGGACAAAGUCAGGCUUUAAAGAAAAAAACUCUGUUUUUUUCAAAGAGGAAAGAAAUUCUGAGAUGUCCCUGGGGAUUUACUGAUUUUCACCACAGCAGCGAGGGACUUGGGAGAGCCCUUGCCUCUGCUUGAAGGAUGCGGUGUUAGCAGCGAUGGACCACCAUUUCCGUGUGCCUUUACAGGCCAGCAAAGCGGUCCCAGAGGGUUUGAGGAUGGAGAAAAAGAAAAUUCUAAUGAAAUCCAAGGUUGCUGCUCCUAACCUCCUGAGGGCACUGCAUUCUCUGUACCAAUUCGGUCACCUCUGUGACGUGACAGUUCACACACAGCAUCUCGGCAUUCAGGAGGAGUUUCUGGUUCACAAAGCUGUCUUGGCAGCUUCCAGCAACUAUUUCAAGGGGCUUUUCCUGCAUGAUGAGAUGCUGGACACCAAGAAUUGCACGGUGACCCUGCAAGACAUUUACACAGAAGAGUUCACCUCCUUCCUGGAGUUUGUUUACACUGCAGAAGUGGAGAUUGAAGCGGAAAAACUGCAACGGAUGAAAGAAAUAGCCGAAAGACUCGAAUGCAAGGAUUUGCUUGACAUUUGUGAAGAAGUGAAAGCAGAGGGCAGGAAGGGAUUAGAUUUGAGCCUCCAUCUGAAAGGUCAGCUGCGUGAAAAUGGUGGGCCACAGUGGACUCGCAUCCAGCAAGAGGAGAACCGCAAACUGAGUAGCUCUUCCCAAGUCGUGGCAAUACCCAUGCAGAGGAAACUUUGGGAUAGGCAAAAACAUAAAAAGUUGCUGGCUGGCUACGAACUCAUUGAAGGCGAACCAGCAAGCCUGGAGCGAGAGGACACUGCUUUUCCAGAGCCAAAAUCCAGGACGGCGAAGCUACCGAAAUGUCGCAAGAACAGAAACAGACUCGGCGUGGAUAUUGUUAGCCUGGAAAAUGAGAACAGCCAUCCUCUCCUAAGUCAGGCUGAGUCAAAGGAAGCCUGUGUAGUAAUUGGGAACACGCUGCCUGAGCAGUGGGAAGAUGAAAACAGUUUAAUUUCCAAAUUUGCCAGUAAGACAGAACGUAGAAAAUCGCCGCGGCAUGUGGCAAAAGUCUUGCCGCAGAUGGAGUGCGAGAAGUGCAACGAAUCGUUCCGUGUUAUCAAGCAGUACCAGUCGCACAUGGAGCUCAAGCAUGACGUUAACCUGGCUGUCAAGUACAGCUGUCCUACGUGCGAGCAGCUCUUCUCCACUCACCGGAACCUCCGGCAGCACCACCUCACCGUUCACAGCGAUGAGUGGGGCUUCUCCUGCAUCUUUUGUGACAAGAGAUUUAAGCGCCAGAAGGACAUAAAUGACCACAUCCGCAGGGUGCACGAGAAGAAGGGGGAUCCCCAGGCCUGCCCGUACUGCGACAAGGUCAUCAGUUCCAAGUGUGGCCUCAUGGUCCACAUGCGAACGCACACUGGGGAGAAACCUUAUAAAUGCGAACGCUGUCCCGCCAGCUUUGCUCAGAGGUCUGCUUACAAUUCUCAUGUAAGAAAAAUCCAUGAGUCUGGGCAAGAGAAGAAACUUAUGCCUGUCUAUUGGAUGGUAGUUCCGCCUGCACAUAGACCAAAUGCAACAAGUUGUGACGGAGAUCCUGACAGAGACAUAUGGAAUGGGACAUCAGAGGCUGAACAACAAAAGCGUGCGAGGCACGAAGAGGCCGCAAGUCAUGAGGAAGAACCCGGGGGUUCAUCUGUUAACAAAGCAGACUGUAGCAAUGAGCAAGAAGAACGUAAACGGAAAUGUAAGGAAGCUGAAGCAAGAAGUGAAAAACUGAGUGAAGAAGGGAAUGAAGAUGAAGGUGAAAUGAACGUGAAGGGAGAGGAGGAGGUAGAUUACGAAGCGGGGUAUUCGGAGGUGGAAGAUAGUAGAGAUAAUGAGGAGGUCUGUACUGAGGAGGAUGAUGAAUACUGUAAUGAGAAGGAUGGUGAAGAACGUGAAUCAGAUGAAGAGUUUCAAAUAAAGAAAGUAAAUAAAAGCGGGGUGAAUAAGAAAUCUGCCUAUGUAAUAACGUGUGAGAAGUGUAAUGAGCAGUUUGUUUCCCGGAAGAAGUAUGUGGAUCACUGCAGAGAUGUCCAUCAGUGCUUGCCUGGUAAAGUCUAUCAGUGUGACGUCUGCAGCAAGUCGUUUGCUAGUUACAACAGCUGGAAGGAGCAUCGAGCGUGUGUCCACACUGAAGAAAGGCAGUUUGCCUGCACCCUUUGCAACGCUACUUUUAAAAGAAAGAGAGAUGUGAGGACGCAUUAUAUGCGGAAGCAUGAAGGCAGAGUCAAACGCCCUCUCUGCUCUGUCUGUGGGAAGAUCCUCAGCUCCCGAACAGCACUGGUGUUUCACAUGCGGACGCAUACAGGAGAAAAACCUUACGAAUGUGGCAUUUGUCAAUCAAGAUUUGCUCAGCCAUCGCAACUUAAGAUCCAUACCAGGGGAGCGCCUUUUUAAAUGUGAUGUGUGUGGAAAACAUUUUGCUACCAACGAAUAUUUAAAAUGCCACAAACGAUGCCACAUGGGCGCUAAGCCCUACAAGUGCGAGGUUUGUGGAAAGACAUUUGGACUGAGAGCCUCGCUA